AUGCGCCUGAGCAAGAUAACGCUACGGAAAUCGAAUAUCUAUCUAUCUCAGUUUAUUGAUUAUCUAUCACAGUUCUGCUAUCUAUCUAUCUAUCUAUCUAUCUAUCUAUCUAUCUAUCUCAGUUUAUUAAUUAUCUAUCACAAUUCUAUCAAUAUCUAUUUCAGUUUAUUAAUUAUCUAUCUAUCUAUCUAUCUAUUUCAGUUUAUUAAUUAUCUAUCACAAUUCUGCUAUCUAUCUAUCUAUCUAUCUAUCUAUCUAUCACAGUUUAUUAAUUAUCUAUCUAUUUAUCUAUCUGUCAUUCUUGGGCUAUUAGUGACUGUUGAGUCUAUCUAUCUAUCUAUCUAUCUAUCUAUCUCAUUCUGUUCACAUCUGUCUCUUUCUAUCUAUCUCUAUCACGUUGCGUUCAUAUCUAUCUAUCUAUCACAAGCUAAUACCGAACGAUGGAAAACAGCCGGCCGUGCCCCGCAUAAUAUCCGACCAACUAAAGGUGCCGUCCACGUGAUCGUACAAAGAGGAUUUGUAGACUAUAUUCUUCAUUCAUCCGUUGCAAAAGAUUUCCUUCGAUGGGUGAAAAAAAUUGACGUUCCUGACGAGACGUUUUUUUCGUCGCUAAAUCACAAUUCACAUCUUAAAGUGCCUGGAUCCUACCUCGUUUAUUAUCUAUCUAUCUAUCUAUCUGAGCAAGUUUAUCGCAAACACUAUCUAAACCCAGCAGUGUGGGUGACUGUUGAAUCUAUCUAUCUAUCUAUCUAUCUAUCUAUCUAUUUCAGCUUAUCUAUCUAUCUAUCUAUCUAUCUAUCUAUCUAUCUAUCUACCAAAGUUUAUCUAUCUAUCUAUUUCAGCUUAUCUAUCUAUCUAUCGUACUAG